UAUUUGGCAUUGUUAACCCGGUCACACCUGUUCUCAUUUAUUUGUUAUUAACCGCUUUUUGGUUUGUUAUAAUACUUUGUCCUAAAAUAAUGUCUGCUUUUGGUGAUUCUGAUGAGGAAACCGACUUCAAGGAGAUCAGCUCAACAAAUUACCAACGCGUCCAGGAAAAAGUAGCAAAGAUAAGCUAUGCAGAUGGCAUUUCCGAUGGAAGGGAGAAGGUAUUUCAGGACAGCUUUGACGAGGGCUUUGAAAAUGGGUUCAAAACGGGCUUUGAACUUGCCAAACUAAGUGCCUUUUAUGAAACCAUGAAAAAUGUAGAGGCGGAAAAUAUGGAAUUUAGAACAGAACAAGAGGCUUACGAAAAACUAAAACUAGCAGAUGCCACCGAUAAAGCACACUUUAAAUAUUUAGAGCAUCAGGGAAAACCUCUUAAUGUUAUAUCGAACGAACAAAGGACCUAUGUGGACGACCUUCUGGGAACACUUGUGCAGCAACUCCCAGCCACUACAAAUUUAUUCACUUCGAGCAGCGGUGCUUCUAGUGUUAAUGUGGUUUAAUGCAUGUGUUUGGGAAUUAUCAAAAUUAACUGAAAAUAUAUAUUCUUGCGACUUAUAAA